CGGCGGGCACCACACCGCAGUGGGCUUCGUGCCCGAGGCGGAUGCGCCGCUGCGAGCGCUCGGGGCGGCGCGGGCGCCGGCCGCGCGGCCCGCGCCGCCGAGCGUGGCGCGGCGGCGCCCGCGAGGUGCCGCCGGGGUGGUGCGCAGGGCGGAGCCCCAGGCGGCCGCCGAGAAGGAGGACGGGCUGAAGGUGCCAAAGGUCACGUUCUCCUACCGCGCCGUGACCAAGAUCAUGCUCCGGAAGGAGCCGGACGUUGGCAGCGAGAAGCUGGGGGCCAUCGCGCCGGGGUCCGUCUUCGAGGUCGUAGAGGAGGUUGAGGGGAGCGAUGGGCAGCGGUACCUGAAGCUUGCGAACAGACCUGGCUGGGCAUUCACACAGGGCGUGGCGGGCGAGUGGCUGGGCAAGCCGAUCGUCGAGCGGGCCGUGGACGCGGACGCGUCCAGGCUGGGCGAUCAGCUGUCGAGGCUGGCAGACCAGGCCACCACGGAGUUCAUGAGGGAGCCGAUCAUGUACUCCCUCAUUGGUCUCACACUGCUCACGAUCUAUAGCACCUGGCGGGCAGUCUUCUACAGGCCCUUCUCUGACAUCUUUCCCUGA